UUGAACGCUGGGUAGACGCCGUAGUUUCAAAGAGGAAGUGCAAUGUUAGGAAUUCAAAUAUUGAUUAAGUGCAAACAAACCCCGUAAAUUGAUUUUAUGGCAUAGUCGAUAUUAUUGCCUUGAGGCUUAGAGGUCCAACAGUAGCUAACAGGAAGUGAGAUCGCACCAUUGCUGCCUUUCUGAUGUCAUUUCCUUGGCACCAACCAGACUUUAGUAGGAUUCGUGCAGAGGAAUUGUUGUUGAGCACAGGGGAAAAUGGUUCUUUUCUUAUACGAGACAGUGAAAGCAUUGCGAAUGUACACGUCUUGUCUCUAUUGCACGAGGGCAGAAUUCAUCAUUAUAGAAUUUUGAGAGAAGAAAGCAAUGGCAACUUUUACAUGCAGGCAGUUCCUGGGGUGUCUCUUCAAGGUUUCAGCAAGUUAGAAGACCUGGUGACAUUUUACAGUCAGGGAAAUAUGGGUCUGCCAUGCGAGUUACGGCACCCUGCUGUGCUAGAGGAUAAAGAUGUUAUUGAUGAUGACUCUGACGAUGAAGAUGAUGAUCUUGAUGAGCCAGAUGGGAAACAGAUUGGAAAUGAAUAUGAGUUUCCCUCCCAGUUUAUGCCCAAUGUAGAUCAGUUAGAUUCAGGAAGGUCAGGUGAAGGAUUUGGACCUGCUCUCGGCCUGUAUCUUGGAAACGGAAUAAGAAAGGACAUGGAGGCAGCUGUUAGAGGAAAACAGGAUUUGGAAGAAAUGCAACAGUUGCUUGCUAGAAGCUCAACUAAUCUGAUUGCAGAAUUGCAGUUUUUCUUGACCAGAGUGAACAUGUUGCAGAAUGUUUUUGGUCUUGGAGACCAACAUAAGCUGAGAUGCUCGCUUCCAGAACAUUCAGCGAAAGAGGAGCCAACUUUCAAGUUAAUGAUGGAUCUACUAGCAGAAAGCAUUGCAGGUGCAAAAUCGUUACAAGCACAGGCUAUCAAUGCCUUGAAAGAAGUGGCCAGUAUUAACCAGGAAGAAGAAAAGCAGGAACCUGAGCGCCGAACCCGUAUCUUUGAGGUUCUUACACAGGGAAUGGCGUCCUCAAGUUUUAAAAACAAAGUGUACAUCAUGGUAAAUUUUGCUGAAGGCCGGAUUUCUUUCUUGAAGAAUCCAAAUGAUGUUAUAGAUGCAAACAAUUCUUCUGAUCAAAGCAGAGUAAUUCAGUUGGUUAAAUCAAAAGAUGAUAUCAAGAGAUUGAGAAUAAAACUUGAGUUGAAACCUUCCAAGGACUAUGAGUUUGAUGAUGGCAAGUCCCGUGAGCUGUUUUGUCAACUUGUGCAGCAGAUGAAGAAUCAGUACUCUAAAAGUGAAUUGAAAACCCAAGUGAGAAUAUUUAUUGGGACAUGGAACAUGGGUAAUGCAGAUCCUCCUCGUGAUAUCAAAUCCUGGCUCAAAUGUCAAGGUAACGGAAAAACGUUGGACACCACCUUGGUUCUGUUACCUCAUGAUAUCUAUGCAAUUGGAACUCAGGAGUGUCCUGUUAAUGAAAAAGACUGGAUUUCCAGAAUAAAAGAAAACUUAAAAAGAGCCUAUCCUAACAAAGAAUUCCAUAUGCUGGCUGUGUGUUCAUCUUGGAGUAUUCGACUGGUUGUAUUUAUUAAUCAAGAUCUGAAGAACAUGGUAUCUCAUUUACAACAGUCUAGUGUAAAGACUGGCAUAGCCAAUGCUCUUGGAAACAAAGGUGGAGUAGGUAUUUCUUUCUCUCUGGGUUCAGUGUCCUUGUGUUUCAUCAAUUGUCAUCUGGCAGCAAGAAGUACUCCUGCAAGGGUUUUAAGGCGGAAUCAGAAUUUUCUUGAUAUUCUCAAGGGGCUCAAUCUGGGUCAAAAAGGUGUAUUUGAUAUCACUCAUCAGUUCCAUCAUGUCUUUUGGUUUGGAGAUCUUAAUUACAGAAUAGACAUGGAAGUUCAGGAAGUACUAAACGCUGUUGGAGCCAAAAAUUUUGCCAAGUUAAAGAACCACGACCAGUUAAAAAGAGAGAAAGAAAAAGAAAAUGUUUUUGUUGGAUUCGAGGAAGAAGCGAUUACCUUUGCACCAACAUACAGAUACAAGAGAGGAAGUGGUGAAUACACGUGGCAGAAGAACAAGAGAUCAGGGGUGUUGAUUAAUGUACCAUCUUGGUGUGACAGAGUAUUGAAGCAUUCAUUUCCACAAUCUAAGAUUUGCUGUACUUCAUAUGGUUGUACUGCCAACAUCAAAUCAAGUGACCACUGGCCUGUUUUCUGUACAUAUGACAUGUCCCUUCCAUUCACUGUAUCGCCAGAUCAAAGUCCAAAGAGUCCCGUUUCUGGAGAGUGCGUAGUAAGAUUUCUCAAUAUAGGCGCUAUGAUCAAAACCACCAGCAGAACACAGUAUUACGUGGAAUUUCACUCGUCGUGUUUGGAAGAGAUGGUGAAGACAGAAAAAAACAGUGUGAUUGACUCAAGAAAAAAGUCAUCAUUUAAAUGCAAUCCAAGUAAACCGUACGUCUUCCCUGAGUGGGGAAAGGAAGUCAUUCCUCCACUGUAUCCCAUGAUAUCAGAUCGCAAAUUCAUUGAGGAGCAGUAUCUCUUACUGGCCAUCAAGUCCGUGGACAACGACGAAUCUUACGGAGAGUGCUGCAUUGCUCUCAGAACAAUGGUGAAUGUCAUACCACAGAAAUGCGAAGGCAUCAUACUAUCACAUCUUGGCGAGAAAACUGGAGAAAUCAACAUUGAGAUGCACGUGAAGGUUCCUGACAACAAAAACACAAAGAUGUCUUCACAAUCCUUUGAUCUCAUUAGCGUGGCUCAUCUGGAAGAAAACAACAGAAGAGGGUCAGUGAAGACGCCCCAGUUACCACAGCGCAAAAGCCUCGCUCCACAAGACUCGUUGCCUUCGGCUGAAAAGCAUGGUCACCAUGGUGAGAAUAUCCCUCCAGCUGUCCCAAAACGACAUUCGGCCCCUCAAACGGACGUCACAAAGGCGCCCAGGGAACCACCCCCAUUACCCGCCAAGAAAUCCAAACCGAAAACGGUUGAGCAGAUGAUGGAUAGAAUCGGAUUUCCUCAGUUCACAGGCAACCUCUUAAAGUUUGGUGCUGAUAACCUGGAGCUUCUCUAUCAGUUGAAUGAACAAGAAUUAUCAGAAGCUGGCAUUCCUAAUAGCUGUCAUAACCUGAUUCUUGGUGCCAUCAAGAAAUACGCAAAUUAAUUGGAGGAGUAAUCAUGACUUCAACCUGACGGUCUUCGGCUAGCUUAAUCAGUUCAAAGUAUUUGUGCACGAUCCUCGCAGUAAAGAGCACUAUUUAAGCAAUAGUGAAAAUCAGACCUGAAAAAAUUCCAACUGG